CUACAUCAGUGUAACUGCCUGCUUGCUAACAGUCUGCCGUCGUAGCGGCUCUUUUCCAUAACUUUCUGAUACUCCCUAAAGUCUCAAGAUGUACCCUGUUGUUACGAAAUACAUUGUUCCGGUCACCUGUGUUGCAGAAUCCUCCGCCUUUGAUCUCCGAAAGUCCGACAAGUCUGUUGCUCUCAUCUAGAACUUGGAAAGACUCAUACAGCACCUGUCGUCUUGAAAGUCGCGUGGACCCGAUACAUAUUUCACUACGUGUAUCCUCUCUUACGUUACUUCGGCUGAUCUGCUCUGGAAUCUACCACCGGUGAUCGGGACUUAAGUUCUUGUUUGCGCCUACCCUCGAUCCUCCUAACACCUCACACACGACCCUCAUUCUCACCUUCCGAUAUACGUCUCGAUCCCUACCCUAUCUACCUAAACUUCCUCGAUAUUUAACUACGGUUGAAUGAUUUGAUCCCUUCCGACCUAUCCGCCCUUUCUUGAUACCCAUACACUCUGGCGAAUUCUCUUUCGAAGGCCUGCCGUCGCCUGUGAAUAAAAGACGGUUCUUGUCUUACUAGCGUCUCGUUAACGGUUAUUGCACAACGGUAUAUUGAUUUUCUCACGGUUUUUCUUGAACGAGCGCACCUUGUUGUAUCCUAGUUGUGGAUUACUUCCCCCGGAAUAUGACAGGGAUUGACGUUUUGGGUUUGAAGGAACCAAACCCUAGUGUUUCAUACAGAGCGUCGUAUGCGCACCCCUACGCAUCGUCGAUUUCUUCCUCCGCAUCUUCGUCUUCGUCGUCGGUGUUCUCUCUGGAUGGGCUGUCUGCUCACAGCUCCGUUUCCUCCACCUCGACGAAUUCGGUUGAUGUCAUCUGGGAAAAUGACGGUGAAUACCAACCAGCAGGAAGGGGACUGGGCCCUUCGCGCGCGCCCUUGAGGGGUAACGCUCCCAAGGCCGCGGACGCGGUCGUUCCUCCAGAAUUACGUAAGCAUCCGCGGCGUACCAACAGCGGUGCCCAGUCCAACGGCGUGUCCUGCACACGGCCUCCGCCCUGUCUGCUGCGUCAGUCGGAGCGGAAGGUGAACUUCGUCGAUAACCUCGUCGACACCGCGUCUCAGAUCGUGGAAACCAUCUGGCCUCUGUCCGCAGUAGCGCUCCGAAGUGAUUCAACCACGGGGUGUAAAGGGGUCUUGCCUCUCCGCACCUUCAUCCAGGAGACGCUCCGCCGAUCCCGGACCAGUUAUAGCACGUUGCAAGUGGCUUUGUACUAUCUGGUCAAGAUCAAGCCACAUGUGCCUAAUCCCGAUCUAGCCCAUGAUCAGACUCCGGGUAAGCCAGUCUGCCGGGCCAUGCAGUGUGGUCGACGCAUGUUCCUUUCUGCCCUGAUCCUCGCCUCCAAAUACCUCCAGGACCGUAACUACUCCGCCCGCGCUUGGAGCAAAAUCUCCGGCCUGAAUACAUUGGAGAUCAAUCAGAAUGAGUUGAUGUUCCUCCAAGCCGUGGAUUGGAAACUGCACAUUCCGGAAGCCACCUUUCAGCGAUGGACGGAUAUCGUGCUCAAGUACACUCCUGGUGCUGGUGGUAUGCCUGCCGAAGGUCAAACUUGGCGGACGGUCCUUCCCAGACUGACUCAUGAGUUGGAAGAAAUCGACUUUGAGCCUAUGACUCCAUCAAGUAUGGAGGGUUCCGAUUCCGGAUCGGCGACCGGCUCGCCGUCUCCCCGUGGUACGUCCAUGAGAGGAACUUUCCUUCCUACUUUCGCAAGUGAGCCCUCCAUUCUCCCAUCGGAGACAUCUGUAUAUAGACGAGCUUCCACAACUCUUGAGCAAGCUUCUCGAGUCGACAGCUUCAAUGCUUCCCUGCCGUCGAUACCACGGCUUCCUGCGUUGCCUACCCCGCAGUUGACCCCCCAGGCGAGUAUGGCCUCCACUCCUGCCGCGAGUGCUGGCUCUUUCUCUUCCCAUCGGCGUUACUUCUGUGCUGCCAUGUCCCAGGCGCAGAACAUGUGUAUGGCGCGGUCGACCCUCGACCAGCGCCCGUCACUUCCGUUUUGCCCGAAGACAAGUACGUUUGAUGGGUACCCAACUAUGGUACGCCGGUCUUCUUUGGCUCGCUCGACCUCUUCUGCAUCUUCGCCGGAUUCGAUGGUUUCCGAUGUGUCAACUCUGUCCUCCAACUCGUCGCGGUCUUCCUCCAUGUCGUCGAAUGCAUCGGGGCCUGUUUUGCCCCGUCUGGCUAUUCAGGCAACCCUUCGAUGCACAAACAACUCUUUGAAGGAGAACCGGAGACCUGUGACGAUUGCGUCACCUAUCGAUGAGAGUUCCUACAAUGAUAUCUAUCAUUCCCCCGAAAGCUUUGCGCGGUCUACUGGGAAUGUUCCAGACUUGUCUAAAUUCUCGCUGAGAACUCCUGUUGAUAUGACGUCAGCUCAUGAGGCCGCUCAGAGCCUCUGUGCAUUGUCUGGUUCCAUGCCUCGUACUUCCCAGAAGAUUGAGCAGGGCGGAAGCCAGCGCCAGUGUCGGAAACGUGGCCGCGCUGGAUCUGAUGAUUUUGCGUUGCAGAACCAUGUGCGUCACCUGGUUCAUUCCAAUACCAUCAGUGAGGGUGCUGUGCUACCUGAUGGAAACAUGUCUGAUUUGUUCCUGAACGCUGGGCUUCGACGUACCCAAUCCCUCACUGCCGCCCAGCUGAACGCUCUGAAUUACAACGCUCCACUUUCUGGACCCGCAGGCAUGAAGCGUGCGUGCUGUGGUAGUGAAGCGAGGAAGAUUGCACUGAACCCCAGCGUGCGAGCGGACUACCUGGAUUAGACUCGCUAUGCCCAGGAUGGAACUUUACUUAUGCAGUGGACAGGC